UCCUUGCUGGAAGGUACAGAAAUACAUUAAGUACUGAAAAGCAAAAAUUCUGGAACUAUUUUGUUUCUGUCAUGUUUCUUCAGUUUUUCACAGCAAGCCCAGAGCAACCCAAGCCUAGACAGGAGGAUUCCAAAAGUCGGAGUGCUUUGUUAGCUCAGAUCCGGAGAGGCACUCGCUUAAGAAAAGUUGUGCAAACUGAUGACCGAAGUGCACCUCAGGUUGAAAACUCCAGAAGGCGGGCCAGCAGAGAAGGAGGAAGCCUAGGAAUGGGCAGAAAUGAUGUCCCUCAGGCAUUAGGAAGCCUCUUUGCAGAUGGGUUUCCUGUGCUGCGACCAGUAGGCCAAAGAGAUUUGGCAGGGAACAGGACUGGACAGCCUCAGGGAGUGAAAACAUCACCUCCUCCAAUAUCUCCAGGCUCACUGAACAGUAAUGAGAAAACCAGUGGCAGCUUUCAAACAACACCUGAGAGCCCAAAGCCAGCAGAUCAGCUGGAAAUAUCCGGGGCCCAACAAGCAAUACCAGCUCGUCCCACAGUCCCAGCUCCUCCACCACCACCACCGCUGCCUCCAUUUCCUUCUGGCAAACCUUUGCUUAUCUUCCCCCCUCCCCCACUUCUUCCCCCUCCCCCUGCAGAAAGUCCUGACAAACCGACCUCCCCCAAAAUUGCUCCCCCUCCCCCUCCGCAGAACGACAAGCCCCUGAAAACGCCAACAUCCCCUUCACGUGUCCUUCCUCCACCCUUGCCUCUUGGACCACCUUGUGGGCUUCCAGGGAGAACAAGCGAGUCUCCCAGCCCUUCUUCCUCCCAGUUGGAUCUGAGAAGUAAUCCCCCACCCAUGCUGCCGCCACCACCUCCCCCAGCACCUUCAACUUUUUCCUCACACAGGACAUCUUUGCCAUCGCCACCUUCGCCAACCUAUAGCAAUGCCUCAAACAACAGUCAGGAAGCUCUUCCCCCACUGCCCCCCAAGAGCCUGCUAGUGCAGUCCCAGUUACAGAAACCCACCAUUCAAUCAUUGCCUCUCCCCCCGACCCCUCCUGGCCCACAGCAAGCUGUUGUAAUGCAGAAGAGAAGGCCAGGCAGAGGUGGAGGAAAACUGACGACCCCACCAGUACCUCCUGCAAGGUCUCCAACUACUGAACUCUCCAGCAAAUGCCAGUAUGCCCAGAUUGCAAUGGUUACCCAUGAGCUUCAUACAGCAUUUAAGAAUGGCACUGUGCUCCUAAGUGAUGAUUUUGAAGCUAAAUUUACCUUCCAUUCAUUAGAAGAAUUCCCUCCUCCAGAUGAGUUUAAGCCAUUUCAGAAAAUUUAUCCUAGCCAGGAAGCUAAAGAUAAUCCACCCUUAAGAACACAAGUGAGAUGAGAAGACCCCCGUGGCAUAGUCUCAACAUUGCUAGAAGGAUCAACAGCAAUAUUAUAAAAUGUAGGAGCUUGUUUUGAUAGUCAGACAAUACACACAAGCCGCACUAGGCAUGCAAGACCCAUGUGUAAUACUCAGAAGUUGGAAAAUGCUGGUUGAUGAUGAAAUCCAGAUUGUUUGGUGUUGCACAAACUGUUUUCGAGGGUUUAAAACAUAUUACUGUGUAUUUCAGUUGCUUAAGAAUUGGCCUGUCUUGUGUUAGUCAGUGGAAUGCUCAAUUUGUAGUUUCAAGUCCACCUGUAUAUGGCACAGUUCUUCCAGCAUAUGAUUUAUACUGUGCCAAAUGCAAUUAACAGACUGCUAUAGAUGACAACAACUAAAGUUCCUGUUUAUAUCUUCCAACUCUAACGCUGGUCGUGUUCCACAGGAAAUUCACUGUAUUUCCAAAGUUGAUGUGUUAUAUUUCUACGUGUCUAGAUUUUUGUCUUUUAAAAAAACACUCUUUAAGAGUUUUACAGUCCAA